GCUGUCAUAUCUCCUUGUCCUUAAGUGAUUCACUGACUGGGGGGGAAUCAACACAUGGAAAAGGACACAUGGAUUAACAUUUACCUCACAUUCUAUCCUAAAAAGCCAGAUGGCCAUAUUUAUUAGGACUGUUCACACCACAGCAAAACCACAAGUUUGCUUGUGGAUAUGGCUUGGCCUUUUCCUGGUCACAUUUCCUAACAAAAGCAGUGGGUUGUCAGACUUGAAAACCUGUGGGGAUCCUGAGUGUGAAACAUUGAUGAGUCGUGUGGUGGCAACAAGAAACUUCAAAGCUCCAGACUGUCGGUUUCUCAGCUUCAGAAAAGGAGACGUGAUCUUUGUUUAUCAUAAACUUGCUGGAAAGAGGGACGAUCUCUGGGCUGGAAGUAAAGACAGGGACAUUGGAUAUUUUCCAAAAGAUGCUGGCAAAGUUGAUGAGAUUCAUGUGUCUGAAGAAAAAGAAAUGACACUUCCCACAGAGAAGUUUGAUUUCUUCUGUUUUGAUGAACGUGGUUCAGUCAUGGAAAUUGAUGGCCCAGAGGAAUACAAAGAACAGAAUGAAGAAAUGAUUUACAACAAAGAAGAACUGCACGACACUUCAGAAACCACAGAUACAUUUCAACCAUCUGCUUCAAAGAACAAGGACACAGACCAGACUGAGGACCUUUCUGGUGAAAUGCCACAAGAGGCUUCAGCACAAGGUGGGUCUUCCUGGCUUGGUUCUGUAACUGGAUUGUUCGGUACACCUGACAAAAACAAUGCCGACAGUGAUGACCUUGAUGACAACACACCAGGAAAUUAUGAGAAUCAAGACACAUUCAGGAAACGUAAGCUUGCAUUGGAUGACGAACAACUGGAGGAGAAAUCUAGCAUGUUUGGCUGGAGGGAUCUAACGAAUGUCCUUGGCUAUGGUGAAAAGCAGGCUGAAGAAGAUGCAGCUAGCACCCAGAAGGCAGAUGGAGGGGGACAGCAUGGGGAGGAAAGGCCUGAAGAGGAGGCACAUGGACAAUAUAGCUCCUGGCUAAGUAGUAGAUUUGGGGAUGUCCUGAAAUUUGGUGGCAGUGAAACAGCCGAGACAGACAAAUCCAUGGAAUUAUCUCAGGGGCAGGACUCGGGCAUCUUACCAGAGGGAGAACCGACUGAAUCCAAGCCCACUCCAGACCCAGUGGAAAAAAUAAAGGAAACAGGGACAAGAGACAUUGGCACUGAUAGUGUAAUUACAGCGGGAGAUGAAGGUUCUAUGGAGAGCCAUCAAGCAUCCUUUAAAGAUAUGCAAAAAGAGUAUAUAAAUGAAGAGACUGAUGAGAAAGCUGAGGCUGGUGGCUGGUAUGAUGCCAUGCAUAAUAGCACUGCAGGAUAUUACACAAAGAGCACAGAAGAGGAGCACUCUGAAAAUAGUGUGCCUCUUUCAGAGACUAAGGACUCAGAACACACGCCUGUUCCAGAGACACCGCGUGACACAGAUAUGGCGGAGACUCUAUCCCCAAGUGAUGGCCUGUCAUCAGCAUUAGGAAAUGCAAGCUCUCAGACAAAGGCUGGCAUGGUUGAGGACAAGGAUGAGAUCCAAAUUAAAGAAGAAUCUGAGGAGUACUUAGUAAAAGAUGUUUUUUUUGCCGAAGCGGAGAAAAUGUCUCUGGAUAACGAUAGGCAGAGGAAACACUUAAUUGAAGAUGUCAGUGACAUUGACGAUCAGAAUACUCCAUCUGAAGAAAGGGAUGAAUCAUUUCUUCCAGUAGAAUCACAAACUGAAUAUGGCAAAGACAGGGAAAAAGUGGAGACUACUACAAUAAGUCAAAGUGAAUCUGAAGAGAAGGUAGACCUUAGUGUGCAAUAUGAAAACAAGGAUGAAACAUCUGAAGUUUUUCCAACUGAAAAAGAACCCCAACAGUCAGGAGACAGAUCAGAUACAGCAGAUUCAACCAGACACAGUGAUGUCUCAGAUGAUUCAUUGCAUGAGUCUGAGAUGACAGAAGGCACCUAUGAAAACAUCUUACAUUCACCGCAAAGUGACCUUGUCUCUGCUGUUACAGAUAAAAAAGAAGUGACACCAAAUCAGUCUGGAUCGGCACAAUUUGAGGAAAUCACGGAGGCACUUUCAACGCUUAGUGAGGCCUCUUUUGAAAGAGAUAAUAAUUCUGACCCUGAAGUGACUGCGUCGAAUCAAGCAAGUGUAGAACUGGGAAAGGUCACACAGCCUGAAGAUAAACAGCAUGUUAUUGACAAGGACACACAAGAACAAAGUAUCACAAGCUUUGCUGAAUCAAAUAUUGACAGUGACAAAACAGAACAAUCACAGGAAUCAGUUUUGCCUGAAGAGUCAACAGAAGUGCUAAAAAUGUCUCAGUCACAAGAAAGUGAGGAGACUCAACCUUUGGGUCAAGAUAGAGAAGAGAAGCUAAGGGAACCAAUAAAGACGACUGAGGAUCAACUCAAACAAAAUGAUGAGAGCUUGGAGGCUGGGUCAGUGGAACUGACUGCUGAUGUGACACCCAGUGAUCAGACUGAACAGAAACAGGACAAUGAAGCACAAGUGAAACCAUUUGAUCAAGAUAGAGAACAGCAGCUAAGGGAAACGGACUCAUCUGAUUUCAAUACCAAGGUUACAGAUAGCAGUGAAGCAAAAAAGACAACUGAGGAUCAACCCAAACAAAAUGACGAGAGCUUGGAGGCUGAGUCAGUGGAACUGACUGGUGAUGUGACAUCCAGUGAUCAGACUGAAGAGAAACAGGACAAUGAAGAGAAAUUUAACACAUUAGAUGACACUCAUUUAGCAAUGGUGGAUAAGACUAAUGAUGCACAACAGGGGAUAGUUAAUGAAUCUAUGACAGAACUGAAUACUGAAAGAAUACAGGCAGAGUCAGAUACACUCUCAAAACAAUUGUAUGAGGAUGUGACAAAUCAGAAUUCCUCUGAGGAAAGUCUGGAAAGAGUUGACCCAAUUUCAUCAGAGAGCAUUAUUGAUGACCCUGUCUCAGUUAUUUUGAAUGAGGCAGAGACAGACACAGACGUUUCACAGACAAAAGUUGCUGAAAUGCUCAAGGAAGAUGAAACAGAAUCUGAGACAAUUGACGCUAGCGGUAAUUCUGACACACCUACACAAAUUCUUGAACAUCAGAGUGCGCUACACACGAAUCACGAAAAAGAGAAGUUUCCCGCUGACACAUCUGAGGAUAAUACCUUUUCUCCCAGAGAAAGAGUAAUUGAAGACACCCAUAUGGUAGCAGACUUAAUUUCUGAUUCUUAUAAGACUGCAACUAUAACACUCUCACCAAAUUCCUCAGUGGAAAGUGAGUUUGAGGUAGAUGCAUCCGGUCAGAUGGAAGUUCAAGAGAAACACACGAAAGACUCAGUGGCUGACCCUGAAACUACAACAACAGUGACGAAUGGACGUUUAGACUUAGUGGAGCUCAGUGAGGACAAUAGCAAUGAUGCCCUCCCUCCCCAAGAACAGUCAACUGAACAGAUCCCAACAGAUGAUCUUAUCGGGGAGGAUGAGAAGAACUCAGGGUGGUAUGGUAGUGUUUAUGAUAGCCUUUCAGGAAUUUAUAGUGGGACAACUCAACCAGGUGAUAGAGGGGAUGCUGUGAGUCUAUCUUACACAGCAGAGUCUCCUACACCAGAGGGAAUCACUAACGAAGAGGGCCCAGUGGGCACACAGGAGUCACAGUCUCCGUUUUCAGUUGGUGGCCUGUCAUCAGCGAUUGGAAGCCUCACAUCAAAGGCUCAGACAUACACAGCUGGCGACCAGGAGGACGACCAGCGUAAUGAAGAACAACCCCUUGAAGAAUCACACACAGAUUUGGAGUGCCUUCAAGGGACUUGCACCAGUUUGACUGAAAAUGAAAAGGCCAUUUUCAAAGAUGGUGAAAUUGCUGGUGAAAUACAAGACUCCACCCAUUUCAAGGAUGAGGGAGAAAAUGUUCAAGAAGAUGUCAGUUAUCACAUUCAUGCUGAAAGUGGUGACGCUACAGCAUCAGACCAUAACCCAACCAUGAAGGACCAUGAAUAUCAAAAUACUGAAGAAACAAAGUCAGAGAGGCUCACAGAAGGUGCAUUCCAGUUUGUUACCACUGCUGAGAUGGGCAAAGGGUUCACUGACAUUGUCAAAUGGUUUCUGGUUGUUUCAUCACUCCCUGAUGACCUCAAGCCUGGCCCUGACCUGUAUGGGAUGCCAUGGGAGGCAGUCAUCUUCACUGCUCUACUGGGUCUGUUCAUCAUACUGCUCUUCAGUUGCCGCUUCUACUUCUCUGUGAAAAGCAGACUCUAUGCACGAAGAGAGGGGAAACUGGCUCAGAAAGUAGCAGAGGCAAUAGAAGAAAAAUGUAAAGUUCUUCAAGAAUUUAGCGAGGCUCAAAAAGAGUAUGACAAAAUGAAAGCUAUUGCAGAAAAUGGGGGACUAUUAGCUGAUCUAGAAGAAAAGCAAAAACUUGAGAGCAUGUCUCGACAAAUGCGAGAGACAAAUGCUCAGUUGGAGAAGGACUUGGAGAGACUGACAGAGUCUUUGAAGACUCAACAAGCACAGCGUAUGAAGGAGGAGCAACAGCUAGCAGAUUUGCAGGAAACCAUAAAGACCUUGGAGAAUGAAGCUAAAGAUCUUAAAUCCCAGAUGGAACAGGCCGCAACAACAUUAAAAAUUCACAACAUGAACUCAGAGAGACUCCAGAAGAAACUCCAGGCUUCCAGAGAGGAGAAUGUUUUGCUGAAUGAGAGUACACAACAGCUGUCCCAGGAGGCCGAGGGUUGGGGUGAGCGUCUGGCUGAGCUGGAGGACGAGAUGAAGAUGUGCGAGAGCAACCAUCACCGCAUGCUGGAGGACUGUGCCAACAAAGACGAGCGGAUCAAGUCCCUCACAGAGUGUUUGCUGCAGAUGAAGGACUGGGACUCAGAGCUGGAGGAUGAGGCUAAUGGUGAUGGCAGCUCCCCAUUCACGGGAACAGAGAACGGUGAUGAGACGGAUAAUCACCAGAAGCAGAAAAUACAGAAGCUAAUCUACGCUGCCAAGUUGAAUGCCAACCUGAGGUCCCUAGAGGAAGACAAGAAUAGAGUGGUUGCCAAGCUCUCUGAUGAAAUUAAGGCCAAGGAAGAUCUCCAAGAGGGCAUCGAGCAGCUGCAGCGGCAGAAGGACCAGCUGAAGGCGGAGAGCUCCACGUUCUCCAGCGAGUCCCAGAAGCUCCAGCAGAAGCUGACCAUCAUGACGGAGAUGUACCACGAGAACGAGCUCAAGCUGCACAGGAUGCUGACGGUUGAGGAGAAAGAGCGUCUGCAGAAGGAGGAGAAGCUGACGAAAGCAGAUAUGAAAAUCACAAUGGCAGCUGAGGAGCUGAGCAACUACAAACUUAGAGCUGAGGAGCUGGAAGAGGAACUAGACAAGACAAACCACGCCUACCAAAACCAGAUUGCAUCACAUGAAAAGAAAGCUCAUGACAAUUGGCUGGCCGCUCGUGCUGCUGACCGAGACCUAGCGGAUAUCAAGAGAGAUAACGCUCACCUCCGACAGAAGUUGACAGAUUAUCAGUUUAAGCUGGAGGUCUUGGAGAAGGACCCGUUUGCUCUUGAUGCUCCUGGUCGACCAUUAUUCAGAGGUGAGAGAUCACCCUUUGGCCCCUCUCCUCUGGGUCGCCCUGCCUCCGAGACGAGGGCCUUCCUGUCCCCUCCUACCCUGAUGGACGGGCCACCGCGAAUCUCGCCUCAGUUUCCCAUGGGCCCUGGCGGCAGAGUGUCCCGCGGCCUGGUGGAGCCCCCUGGUGCUGGGGGGGACUUUGAGCGCAGUGGCGGCCCCCACUCAGACAGCGGCUCGCUCUCUCCCACCUGGGAGCGGGAGCGCAGGGGCCCCCCUGGCCCUCUUCCUCCUCCAGGCCACCCAUAUCCAGAGCCUGGACCACCGUUCCGGAGACCCCCGCCAGGGGCCUUCCCCAUGGGCCCGCUCCCUCCCCGACCCCCCUUCCCCCCCGAGGGGCUUCCCCCCCACGGCUUCGGGCCGGGCCCGCUCCACCCCUCCGACAGGCCCGACUCAUCAUUUGCAGGCAACAGCACGGGGAUCAGUGAAGCUGAAAGCAGAGAUGCCAGUCUCAUGUCUGCUCCUGGAGAUCUGCGGAUGCCACCUGAAGCCGAGAUGAGGAUGGGACCGCCAGGAAUGGGCCCGCCGGGAAUGGGCCCUCCGGGAAUGGGGCCGCCGGGAAUGGGACCACCGGGAAUGGACCUCCACUUUCAGCGCAGGGGUCCCUACGGACCCCCAGACUUCUUUCCCCCACGAGGACCCGGUGGAAUACCCUUAGGAAUGCGAGGCCCACCUCCUCCGGGCAUGUUCCCCAGAUAUCCUCCUAUGGGCUACCCUCCGAUGAGACCUCCUCUGGACGGCUUCCCCCCCGGCCCCCCUGGACCCCCCGGACCCCCACAGAGGCCCUCACCGCCCGGCAGCGAGCAGCCCGCCGAGCAGACUCCACCUCCCCAUGAUGCCAUAUGAGCCCCCAAAGGCAAUCAUAUCACUCCCCUCCAUAUCCACCCCAUCCCCUCAUCUCCAGCUCAGGCACCGGCCUCUUCCUCUCCUCUUCUCACUGCCAACUGCAAUAGGAGUUGGCCAUCACGAGAAGAGAAUGGACUCUCUGUCUCAUUACAUUCAGUUGUUUAUCAACGGAAAAGGAGAAGAGGGGAAAAGGAAGGUGUUUUAUUGAAUGAAAACUGGAGCCUCUUUCUGACCCCUCUCUUCCUGUGUCUCCUCUGCGCUCUUGUGUGCCACUUCCUGUUGUUUCUGUGCUUAGGGGCUGCUUCCUGUUUAAGCUAGGAGUUGUCAUGUGAUCAUUUUUUCUUUUCCUUUCUCCCCCGCCCAUCAGACAAAAAAAAGAAGAAAAAAAGAAAAGAAAACCUCUAAGUCUGUUGUUGUCUGUCAGUGGAAAGGCCAACGGAUGACUUGUGGCACUUCACGUUCCCUGUAUAGCUGCAAGUCUAAACAAACACACUUUAACUCCAUUUAAAAGUAAAUAUAGUUUUUUUUUUUUAAUAACAACAUAGGGGUCUGUGAAUGUGAGCUUUAAAAAGAUUUUAGUUUGAGAAUGAUGCCUGUGAGAGACUGCCUUUUGUGAGGAAAUUGGAUGCUAGAUAACAACAUUUUUAUUAGGUGCCUAUGAUCUGUUUGUAGUGUCAAAUGCUUUAUAACCGAACCAUCUAGAAGAGAGGAGGUUCACGUAUUUUUGACAUGUAUAUACAGAAAUUGUAAUGAUAAUGUGAAUAAGAGAUUGUAAAUACACCUAAAACCUAAUCAUCUUGUUUUAACACACAGUACCGUGUAAAGUUCUGAGGCCGUCCGGGAAAUUUGCGUAUUUAUGGUCACCUAAAUUAAAGCAUUUUAUGCCUUAAACAUGCAGAGUUGUGGGUGGAUUUUAUCAGUUUGGUGUACAGUUGCCAGUAAGCCUUUGAGGUAUGCGGAUGGAAUUGACAGAAUUGCCUUUUGGGGUAUUGGCAUUGUUCAGACUAAUAAAGGUUGACUUCAUUGUUAAA